CAAGAAAUAUUGAAGUAAAUUAAAUAAGCCCUGCAGAAAAUAUAAAAAUCAAACUGGAUAACCAGGAUUUAAUAAACUUGGAAUUUACAUAUUUUAUAUAAUUAUAAAGUCAUGAUGGCAGAAUUGUAAGCAAGAUAGGCCAAAUUGGCCUUGCAAAGAAUGACACCAGAGGAGAGAGCAGCAUAUGAAGCUAAAAAUAAACCUCCUGCCCCUACUAAUACAGGUGAUGUCCAAGCUAAGCUUGCUCUCUUAAAUUAAUAAGAUUCAGGACCUGUAUAAUCAUAACAAAAUGCACCUCCUAAUACCAAAGUUAUUGUCAAUAAAGCAGCCCCUCCUCCUCCACCUCCACCACCACCUCCUCCUCCUCCUAAAGGAGCUGUAUAUAAAAUCUUAUAAAUUAUUUAAAGCCCCCUCCACCACCACCUAGACCUCCUGGUCCACCUGCUGCUAAACCAACCACUAAUCCACCUUCAGCAAUACCAGGUUAAUAAUUACCUCCUCCUCCUCCUCCUCCCGUCUAAAAUAAUCCACCACCACCACCUCCACCUGUUUAAUAAGUUUCACCUUAGCCUCCCCCUCCACCUUAACAAAAGAUUAUGCCACCUCCUCCACCUACAUAAUAAUAAUUUUAGCCUCCUCCUCCUUCAUAUUAACCUCCUACAUAACCAACUUAAUAAUCAAGUGAUGUUACAUAUUUCCCAGUCCCAGGUUAACAAAAAUAAUAAUCAUAAGAAGCUUCUUUCCCUGUUCCAAAAAAUUAAUAAAGUAUCUCACAUUAUUUUAUUAUCUUAGGGUAAACUGUUGGAGAUGCUAAAUCUGUAGAAUUUCCAGAACUUAAAUAAGAUAAGAAAUAAAAAAUUGAAGUUAAUUGGUUUUUAGCUGUUGCUGGUGUUAAUCUAUAAUAACAAUUAUAAGCUACUACUUUUGAUAAUAUUGAUAAAAUUACAUAAUUAGCUGCUCCCUAAUAAAAUGAGAAUUAGAAUCCAGAAUUCUUUUCUAUUAAAAAGGGAUUCAGAAAAUUAGAUCAAGAUCCUUAUUAAGCUGUUAUUUAUUUCUAAAAAUCUGACACAUCAGUUGUAAAAGUUACUAAAAAUUUUGAAAGAUACCUUAGGAAUGACAAUAAUACUUGGACUUAUAAUUAAAAUAAAUAACAUUUAUAAUUAUUAAAAGAGAAAUAUGAAAAUGAAAUUACUAAAUAUAAAGCUGAUUAUGCUCACAAUGUACAAUAAAAUGUUUUGAAACAAAUUGAUGAGAAUAGAUUUUAAGCAGCUUCAAAAAAGUUAGAAUAAAUUAUUUAAACUAAAUUUUAAAAUAAUGAUUAUUAAACAGCCCAGGCUCUAUUACCAUAAAUUUAAGUAAUUUUUAUACAUAUGGUAGAACUUGAAAGAAACAAAAAAAAAAUACGAUGAAUUGAAUCCUGCUGCAAGAUAAGAUUUAGUAAGUUCUUUAGAAUCAAUGAUGAUGGGAAUAGAAUCCAUGGCUUCAUGAUUUUAAAAUAAAAAUAUUAUCAUCAAAUAAUAA